AUGCCAGUCCAGCCCUACCUGUUUGCUGCCAGCCCUCCCUUGCCCCUUUCUAUUGAGGAAGAAGAAGAAGAAGAAAAAUGUACAGGUGUUCCAAAAAUGGACAAGGUGUAUGGGCGAGGCUUGAUGAGGCAGGACCACAAGUGGGGUGGCGAGGGGGAAAGAAACCUCUCUACUCAACUCUCCCAGAGGCACUCUUGCAGGACAGAGAAGGAGACCUCUGUGAUAGAAGUGAUGGCUCUCUCCGUGGUACUGUUGAUUGGGGUGACAAUCAAUGCUGUACAUGCAGGAGAGCUGGUUAACUAUACCCCUCAUCUCACUUCUGAGAAAAUGGGAGGAAAGAUCACUGCCUCCACUUUUGUUCUAGAGCAACCGCGAUGUGUUUUCAACAAGUCUGUCGAUCCCACGGAUGGGAUCUGGCUGGUUGUGGCUCUCAGCAAAGCUGUGGAUAGUUUCAUGAACCCCAAAGCCCCUGCGGAUCUGCCUUACCAAGCUUUUGAGAAGAAUUCUUACUACAUGACUCUGAACACUGUAAUUUCAAACUACCCCUGCCCCAAAGAAAGCAAAAAUAUUGCCGUCCUGCGUGUGGGGAGCGAAACAGGGUGUGUUCUGGAUCGUUCACGGCCAGAUUGUAAUGGUCCUCUCCCAGGCCCGGGGCCAUACAGGGUUAAGUUCCUGGUGAUGAAUUCAACGGACUUCAUAAAGGAAUCAAAAUGGUCUGAUCCCAUCACGCUGAUUCAAGGGAGGAAUCCUAACAGCAUUGUCGUUGAGCCCAGACGGCGGAGAAUUGGGACGAUCGCCAUUGCCACCAUCCUCUCCAUCCUCUCUGCCAUCGUCCUGGCUGCCUUCAUUGCCAUCUUGAUCUAUAAAUAUUCCAACGUUUGUGAAACUGCCAAUAUUGCAAGAGGGCACGAUCCGACAAUAGUACGCUACACCACUCAUCAAAUAUGCGAUCAGUCUUCCUACAAGUCAUAA